UUUUAAAAUUUGAAACAAACAGUUGAAUAAAUCAACUUGAAACUGCAGCUGAACUCCACUCAGUUGCUAAAUAAAAUUUUAUAAAAAUGGAAAUCUCGAAGGAUCAAAUCGCCAUUCUCCUCGAUCAUGAACUCUACAGCUCUGCUCAAAUGCUGGGUUGCUUCCUCGUAUCAUCAUCUUCUGUUAAUCCCGAAACUAGCCCUCACCUCAAGGCUGAAAAUCUCAUUUUUCUUGGAGACUCGCUGUUUCGCGAGAGAGAGUUUCGUAGAGCAAUUCAUGUAUAUAAGCAAGCUUUGCAGUACUAUAAGAUAAUUCCUAAACAGAAUUCGUCGUCGUCUCGAACUUCGAUAUCUAAUAGGUCUUCUUCUCCCAAUUCUUUUAACAGUUCUCCAAUUAAUGAAAAUGAGGUGAAAUUCAAGGUUGCUUCUUGUUAUUCUGCUCUUAAUGAAACUAAAGCUGCACUUGCUGAGAUGGACGGAAUUCCAAGCAAAGCGAGAACAUUGCAGAUGAGUUUACUAAUGGCAAAGCUUUAUCGAAACUCUAGGCAUAAUCGCUUUGCUAUUGCUUGUUAUAAAGACUGUUUAAGGCAUUGUCCUUAUGUCAUGGAAGCCAUCAUAGCUUUAGCAGAAUUGGGAGUUGCUGCUAAGGAUAUCACUUCAAUUUUUUCGCAGGAACCUAACACCAUGAAGAGGGCAGUUUUCUUUUUGGCUUCGAGUAAAAGUGUGAGGGCAUCAUCUGAUUAUGUCGACUCAAAUCGUUGGCUUCAACGUUAUGUGGAGGCACAGUGUUGUAUUGCUUCGAACGAUUACAGGGGAGGUUUGGAACUCUUUGGAGAACUUCUACAGCGUUUUCCUAACAAUGUGCAUAUACUACUUGAAAUAGCCAAGGUUGAAGCAAUUAUUGGAAAGAACGAUGAGGCCAUAACAAAUUUUGAGAAGGUUCGCUCACUUGAUCCAUUUGUUAUAAAUUAUAUGGAUGAGUAUGCGAUGCUUCUAAAAAUUAAAUCUGAUUACUCAAAGCUAAAUAAGUUAGUACAUGAUUUGCUAAGUAUUGAUCCUACAAGGCCAGAAGUGUUUGUUGCUUUGGCUGUCCUGUGGGAGAGGAAAGAUGAAAGAGGAGCACUGUCUUAUGCUGAGAAGAGCAUCCGAGUUGAUGACAGGCACAUUCCGGGUUACAUAAUGAAGGGUAAUUUACUCUUGUCUUUAAAACGACCAGAAUCAGCUGUAAUUGCUUUCAGGGGAGCUCAAGAAUUGAGACCUGAUCUGCGUUCAUAUCAAGGUUUGGUCCAUUCUUAUUUGGCAUUCUCCAAAAUCAAAGAGGCUCUACUUGCUGCCAGGGAGGCAAUGAAAGCAAUGCCUCAAUCUGCAAAGGCUCUAAAAUUAGUUGGGGAUGCACACGCUAGUAACUCUGGUGGUAGAGAGAAGGCAAAGAAGUUCUAUGAGUCAGCACUGAGGCUAGAACCUGGAUUCCUCGGUGCUGCCUUAGCCUUGGCUGAGCUCCAUGUAAUUGAGGGCCGGAAUGGUGAUGCUGUGUCACUUCUUGAGCGAUAUCUGAAGGAUUGGGCUGAUGACUCUCUUCAUGUCAAGCUUGCUCAAGUAUUUGCGGCCACAAAUAUGCUGUUCGAUUCUUUAUCACAUUAUCAGGCUGCAUUAAGAAUAAACCCACAAAAUGAAGCAGCAAAGAAAGGGCUAGACCGCCUGGAGAAACAGAUGAAGGGGGUGGAUCCGGAUGCACCUGAAGAAGAUGAAGAAAAUGAGGUGGAGGAUGCUGAUGCAGAGCAAGAAGAGAAUGAGCUUCUGUAAGUUUAAAGCCAAAUGAGGUAUAGUAAAUCAGCCAUGAGGAUAUUGCAGGGUCAAGAUUUUCACUUGCGGAACUUCCAUAGGAACUCUGCUACCGAGAAUCUAUUUAUUAAAAUCCUGGAGAUUUCAAUUUUGAGACAAACGCAAAAUUGAAAGAGCGCCGAAGAGUUUUUAUCGACUAUCAUCUACUGAAGAGACAUGAGAUGUAUGGUCUUGAGGAGAAAAUGAUCUUGCAUAUGAGUAGCUUGUAUCAUCUGAAUGUUGAGAAGCUUUAAGCAUAGUUUAGAUGAUGUAACAUAAACUAGCAAAACUUUGUAUUCUAUGGUGUCUGUAAUUUCACUUCAAAGAAUUGCAAUAUAUAAAAAAGUUUAGAGCCUUCUCUAUU